GCCGUUGCACAGCCCUGGCCUGCAGGAGGCGCACCAUGACGCGGCUCCUCGCUCCAAUUCUGCUGUGGUUUGGGCUACUGUUGGUUCGAUUCUCACGUGAGCUGAACCAAGAUCUCAGGGUAGCCAGGAAGCUGUGCGGCAGCAACCUGUUGAAAGAGAUAGUACGGCUCUGUGGCGAUACCGACUGGAGCCAGUUCCAGUUGGAGGAAGGGACACCUGGGGCUCCCCAAGCCACUGCGAAGGCCGAAGCCCCUGGCCCCGCCCAGGUCAGACCUGACAUGCCUUUCCCCGAGUGGGGGAAAGUGACAAACCCAGUCUCUACUUCUGCCUCUCAGGAAGAAGCAAUAAACAGUUUGGAGAGUCAGUCAUUGCCUGAGUAUCAGUAUAAAAAGACCAACUUGCUCCUUCAUAAGACAAGAGAAUUUUCUUCAUUACAUGAUGUCGAUCCACACGUUCAUGGAAGUGUGAAAUUUCAGAAGAAAAGUACAAACAAAAUUAAAGCUUCAAGCAAUUUAUUUUGGGGGACUCAUCCUCAAAGGAAACGUAGAGGAUACUCAGAUAAAUGUUGUCUUAAAGGAUGUACAAAAGAAGAGCUUGCCAUUGCAUGCUUUCCAUAUAUUGAUUUUUAAAACUUAAUGAUAAAAGGACUAUAACUUGUGAACAGGAUAUAUUCAUCGUAACAGCCAUACAAACUUAAUAAAAACCUCACUAUAUCUUAA